AUGCAAACAAUUUUAUUUAUUAAGUAAUUAAUAAUAAAUUCGCAUAAUAUUGAAAAUUAAUUCGGAAUUAUGUAAUCAUUAUCCCACUCUUCUAAUAUUAUUAAUCUAAUUGAUUAUAUGAUAUUAGAUACAAUCUCUGAAAAUAAACAUAAUGAAAAUUAGUAAUUUGCAUAUUUACUGAUGGAAAAAGAAGAAUAGAAACUGGAAUAAUAUUUCAAUAAAAGAGCAGUCAUAUCUAGAACUUGAAGAAUUGUAUAAAAUAUUGGAAUAAUUAAUAAAUAAAUUUGGAUACAUUAACAAAAGAACAAAGAGAUAUAAAAUUUGUUAAUUUUCUAAUUAUGAAACAUAUGAUGUCGAAUGCAGUUCUGAAAUUUAAACUAUUUAAACCUGUAUAAACAGAGUCUUACUUAGACACUGAGUUAUUGAAUUUUGAAACUCAUAGACUUAAAUAUAAACCCUUGAAAAGUAAAGUAUAAUCUUUGGGAUUGUGUUUUCUAUAUAUAGUCACGAUAUAAUUAUCUUAAUCAAGAUAGUUAUUAAGUUAAAGUAGAAAUAACAUUAGAUUAUUAAAAACAUUAAAAAAUAAGUACUGCUGA